UCAGUUGUGACCGCUGCGUCCUGUCCUGGUGACAGAACAAUGUUGAUGAACGUCGAAGAGGGUGUCCGAGUGCUCCGUGCGCCCCUGGGAGCGAGUGGGACGGAAGCUCGGUCGGCCGGGGGCCCGGCGAUAGCGUUCUAUCUGCGCUGCCGGCUCGGCCUCCGGGUUAUUUCUGGCGGGAGGUCGCGCUGUGGUCGGUUCGGGCGCGCCGAGGCCUGGCAGGGGCGGGGCGGCUUUAUCGCCCGGCUCUGCGGCCGGCGCCUGGCCCCUCAGACCUAGCCGGGCCGCCAUCCUCUCGCCAUGGGCUCCGGGGCGCUGGGCCUGCUGUUCCUGCUGCUCGCGCCGCCGGGCCGCGCGGACGCAGGCUGUCCGACCCCGUGUCGCUGCGCGGGGACGCGCGUGGACUGCGGGCGCCUCGGGCUGACGUGGGCCUCGCUGCCGGCCGCCUUCCCGCCGGACACGACCGAGCUGGUGCUGACGGGCAACAACCUGACGGCGCUGCCGCCGGGGCUGCUGGACGCGCUGCCGGGGCUGCGCGCCGCGCACCUGGGCGCCAACCCCUGGCGCUGCGACUGCCGCCUGGUGCCGCUGCGCGCCUGGCUGGCCGGCCGGCCGGAGCGCGAGCCUUACCGCGCCCUGCGCUGCGCCGCGCCCCCCGCGCUGCGGGGCCGCCUGCUGCCCUACCUGGCGGAGGACGAGCUGCGCGCCGCCUGCCCGCCCGGCGCGCGCUGCCCCGGGGCGCUGGCGACGCAGCUCCUGCUGCUCUGCCUCGGGCUGCUGCACGCUCUGCUGCUGGCGCUGCUGCUGUGCCGCUUGUGGAGGCUGCGCGCCCGCGCCCGCGCCGCGCGCCGGCGGCCGACGGCUGCUCUGCUGGCGGCGGAGCCCGCGACCCCGGAGCCGAGCGGCGGACGCUGAGGCGGGCGGCCGGUCUGCGGACGGCCCCCGCUGCGUCCGAGUCCGCCACCCGCACGACCUCCCAGACGCGGCCCCGCGCGGGGGCCCGACCGCUGCGCGCGCCACGCUGGCCACAGCCACCCACACCCCGGACCUGGAUG